UUCAGAAGUCCGUGAAGUCUUUUUUUUUUCUCUUUCUCUUUUUCUUUUUUUGAAAAAGUCGGGUCACAUUCCUCCCUCCCUCCCUUUUUCUCUCACACCCUCCGCAAGUGGGAUGGUGCGCGCUCCCGCGGUCAAGUGCACGUGCACGGGGCCGCGCGGGGGCUGAACAGAGAGUGAAGAUGGCGAUGAGAGCGGCGCUGCGGUGUCUCCCUGCGAGCUUCCCCCCCGGGCUGCCCCUGCUGCCCCGGCUGCUGUGGAGGAGCGGCUCCCCGCGGACCCUGACCACGACUCCGGCCCUGACCGCAGCCCUCAAGUUCACAGAAAAACAUGAGUGGGUGCAGGUGGACGGAGGAAUUGGCACUGUUGGUAUCAGCAGUUAUGCCCAGGAGGCAUUAGGCGAUGUGGUCUACUGUGGACUCCCUGAAGUUGGCCAGCAACUUGAUCAAAUGGGUAAGGUCCAUAACGUGAUCAAAAACUCCAUAAUCCUGAGUCGGUUGUGGUGUGAUUCAGGAUUCUCUCACCUGUUUCUGACAGAUGAGUUUGGUGCUUUGGAGAGUGUAAAGGCUGCCAGUGAGCUGUACUCACCACUGACAGGAGAAGUGACUGAAAUCAACACAGAGCUGGCAGAAAAUCCUGGACUUGUGAAUAAAGAGUGCUACGCCAAGGGCUGGCUAAUCAAGAUGACCAUCGCAAAGCCCGAAGAACUCGACAGUCUCAUGGAUCAAGCCGCGUAUGACAAGUUUGUUAAGUCGCUGGACGAAUAAACCAACAAACCUACUGAGCCUCUAUGAAACCGCAGUCACAGGUUUAUAGCGAGGGUUACUAACAUCCUGGAUGGCACACUUCUUCUGUGGUAUUUAUUUUGAUACUAGAUGUUGAGCCAUCAAUACCGUAAAUUCUCAGUAACCGAUCCCACCUAGAAGGUUAGGAUUUCAAAAAGCUACAGGCAAGUCUGAAGGCCUCUUAAUAUCAAUAUCUGUCAGUAUUAAUGGGUCUGUGUUCCUUGCUUGCUCCAUUGUUUAUUGUGCACAGGUGUGGCCGAAGACUUGAAAAGGCUGUGUCGAGGAAAUUUAAUAAAGCUUAGUUUCUAAAUAUCA